AAGACGUAUUAAGAGUGUAGAUUCACUAAAAUAAUGAAGAAAUAACGUGUUUUUCUUCUAUUACUGUGCUAACAGCGUUUUCUUUGCUGAAUCACUAAAGUGAGUUCCAUCAAAAGUUCCUUCGGAAGCAAAGCAUCAAGUGAAUUACAUUUAUUUUUUAUGAUGUUAGAAUCAAGAACUUAACCAGCUGCUUCAGAGGAGCGGCUUCCUUCCCCGUAAACAUCUCACUUUUGCUGCGUCAUGCCAGUAGAUUUCUGAAAGGCAAACUAGAACAUACCGUCCCAUACAUUCAGAGGCAAGCGCUGGGGAGUAGAGGGGGGGGCUCGGCCGGUGUGACUAAAGGAGAAAGGACGGAUGAUGCGGCGCAUCACUCGAGGACACACCCUGCUGUGGAAGUGCUGUAGUGCAGAGGUGGAUGACGAGCGGUGAGAACAGAGGGAGGGAUGCUGAAUCAGGGAAACUGUGUGAGGGUGGAAGAGGGGCGAGAAGGCUGACGGCCAGAGGGGUAAGUGGGGUAAAAAAAAAGAAAAAUGCAGGAAUCCUGAAACAUUUCAUCCAACUGGAUUGAAGAGAUUUUGGAGCCAAACUGUUCUUUGAAAGAUGAGCCAGGUAAGGCUUUCUAUAUUUAAUUCAUUCCUCAACCCAAAACUUUUCACACUUUUCUCUGCUUCGUUGCCGUUCCCUCUGAGUCAGAUGGAUGUAGAUGAGCCGGUGUGUUUGCCCCGGUUGUCCCGGGUUGCUGUGUGUGGCGGUACCCAUGGCAACGAGCUGUCAGGAGUCUACUUAGUGAGAGAGCUACUAAAGUUGCAGAGAAGACCCUCUGAGGAUGACGACGAAGAGCCCACGUCCCUGCUGACCGUGUUGUCCAACCCAAGGGCCGUCCAGCAGGGCCGCCGCUACACUGACACCGACCUGAACCGCUGCUUCACCCUCGCCACCCUCAAUGGCCCCACGUCGGACUCGCCCCCCUAUGAGAUCCUCCGGGCUCGGGAACUGAACGCCAUGCUCGGUCCUAAAGGCGGUCCAGGUGCUGUGGAUCUGGUUUGUGACCUUCAUAAUACCACGGCCAACAUGGGGCUGUGCUUCAUCGCAUACUCUGACUGUGACUGGAUCUGCCUGCACAUUUUCAAGUACCUGCAGAGACAAAUGCCAGAUGUACCAAUGAGAUUCGUCCAUCUGGGCUCAUCAGAGAAAGAAUCAUAUUCCCUUGAUUCUGUUGGAAAACAUGGAUUUGCCAUGGAGAUCGGUCCUCAGCCGCACGGGGUGGUCAGAUCGGACAUCUAUGGGCUGAUGAACGCAGGCGUGCAGCACAUGCUGGACUGGGUUCGGCUCUUUAACUCAGGGGCCGUGUUUGAAGGAGGAUUCGUGGACGUGUUCACCCUGGUCAAAAACAUCGACUACCCGAGAGACGAAAAGACUCACAACAUUACAGCAGCCGUUCACUCUCAUCUCCAGGAUAGGGACUUCUGCCUGCUCCGCCCUCACGACCCCCUGUUCCAGACGUUCUCCGGGGAGACCCUGAGGUACAGCGGCAGCGAGCCCCUUUAUGCCUUCUUCAUAAACGAGGGCUCCUACUACGAGAAGGGCAUCGCCCUCUCGCUGGCCAGAAAGAGGCGGCUGGUGAUCCCCGCCAUCCGGGCGCAGACUGAGGAAGAGGAGCAGGCGCGGGGAUUCACAUCAGAGGAAGAGGAAUAAAUGGUUUUUUAGGGAAGAAUUUUUAUUCAAACACACGCUCAAAAAGUUUAUGACACAAUGUUUACACUGAGGAUUCAAAAAUAUCACAGGUUACAGAGAAAUGAGAGGUUUCUUGUGCUUUUAAAUGCAGAGCAUUCACAAAUAUUACAAAAAAACUUUUAGAAAGGACCGUGGAGCCUUAUUUACAUAAAAAUAGACUAGCAGUUACCAUACCAGCAUUUGGGACAUGUGCAAAAGGGGGGUGGGUAGCUUAUCAUAAUAUGGCCUUUAAAGUACAUUCAUAAUGCCAAGGAAGGAAACUGAUUGUUGUUUUUCGCUACGGUGGCAACAAAAAAUGUAUUUAUAACCAAACAACUUCACAAAAACACUAAGCAUGAGGUAAACUAAACAUGAACACAACUAUAUGGACUAAAUCAUCAGUUAUAUUUACUAAAAAUAAAUAAAUAAAAA